AUGUCUGAUAUUGGAUCGGAAGAAUUCGAAGAAGAUGAAGGCAUCAAUCUUGGGGUAAGUUAGAGCUGGUUUAAACGGCAAUUUUUUCGGUUAAUAUGCGAAAAAUUGAAUCGUCAAAAGCUGUCACUCUAUUUGCCUAAAAUUUGCUCCGUCCUUUAUCAGUCUUCUUUCUCUCUUUUCGUUCUUAAAUCUCCGAAAUUUCGUAAUGUGUUGAAACUGAUAAACUUUAAUCGACGCAAACCUUGCGAAUGUCAACUGUCAAGUCUUUGAACUUUCAUUUCAAUUUUAUCGAAAUGACAGCAUUGAUCGCUAAAUUAUAAGUAUUUGACAGCUUAUGGUUUUCAAUGUCGACUGGCAAUCUAAGCUAAGAAAGUGUCAUUAAGUUCUGUGCAAUUUUCAGUCUCUCCUUUAAUCAAAAGAAGAAAACUUUGACGAAAGACUAUUUCGCAGCCGAGUUAGCCAUUCUUCAGUCAUAACUAAAUAUGCAAAAAAAUAUCCCGGCAGGGAACAGCGAUUUGUGCAUACUUAAUUUGCAAAGUAAUAGGCUUCAGUCAAAGUCAACAUACCACAGCGAUGUUGAUAAACAAAUACAGCCACCCACUAAACUAUCUCAAUAGCUUUGCCCCCCUCAGCGGAUGUUAAUCUGUACCAAGCGUCAACUUAGUUGAGACGCUCGAACUGAAAGCUUUUCAAAUUACACUGCUAUGCUUUUACUCGCUUUCAUGUUAAAGUGAUCGAUGUACAAGGGAUUUUCAAGUGAUUUUUACUGAUGACACUUUUUGUAAAGUACAUUUUUCUUGUUGCUCGUAAAGGCACAUAAUUAUGGCUAAUAUUUUAUAAAACUAUUAAAAUUGUCAAUUGACUUAUAAGCUUUUCUAAGAAACUGUAUGUGAUCUUUCUCUCGCGAUGAUUAAAACGAUAAUCGACGGAUAAAGAGUGGAGCAUGUGAAUGAAUGAGGAUACAUUCCAGCCGAUUCAGCAUCUCAAGUUUAUCAUGAAAUAUCUCUUGUGAAGUGGUUUGUUUCUACGCAUGAUUGCUUACUGUUUGACCCUUGUGGUUACCCCUUUGAGAGGGAAGAAGGACAUUAAAGCCUAACGACAUGUUACGUAAUCUUUUGGUUUCUUACGGAGCGAAAUUAAGUCAGGCCUUCACUAACGUGAUGAACUUGGAACUCUAGUUAAGGGACCCCACGGUUCAGAUAUCCGGCUCCCGGCCGGUUCAAAUAUCCGGCUCCCCGAAAGGGUCUUCCUCUCGCUGUGAGCAGGAUAUCCUAUGGGGAGUUUUAUGACAUAAACUUUCCAGACCACCCUUCCCUCAGAGCUUCUAAAAAUGAGCGCUACAUACAGUUCAAAGGCUAUUCAACGAAUCUGAUUACUGUAUUACGUUUUAUUUUCUUAAUUCAUUUCUGUAGGAGUACGAUGGUGACCGAAACGAAAAUGAAGAACGCCAUGGCUACGGUAAAGCCACCCUGCCAAACGGAGAUACGUACGAAGGGCAGUACGAACACGGAAAAAGACACGGCAAUGGUACGUACCGCUUCAAGAACGGUGCCAAAUAUGUCGGCGAGUAUGUCAAAGGCAAAAAGCACGGCCAGGGUACGUUUUGGUACCCAGACGGCUCGCGAUACGAGGGUGGCUUUGUGGAAGAUCGGAGAAAUGGCCACGGGAUUUACUACUACGUGAAUGGGGACACUUACGAGGGUGACUGGUACGAGCAUCAGAGGCACGGCCAGGGCGUGUACACGUACUCAGCGACUGGGACCAAGUACAAAGGAUCGUGGGUACACGGCAAGCGCGACGGCACGGGAGAACUCGUUCACUCCAAUCACAGAUACAUGGGAAAUUUCUUGGAUGAUAACCUCCAGGGCGUGGGCAAAUAUCGGUUUGAUAUCGGUUGUGAACAACACGGAGAAUACGUUUUGGAGGAAAAGGUCCAAGAGGGGGACACCGAAGAAGAUGAACAACUUACCGUGUUGACUGCCAAGUGGAAAUGUGCAAGUAUAACUGAAAUUGAGCCAGCUAUCAUUGGAUAG